GCGGAUGACAGCUAUCCGGCGCCGAAACACCGAAAGACACUUAGACGAAAGAGCCAUGGCUACCACGGGUGGAGGGAAAAUUAGAAGCAGGAGAUAUCAUAUUGCCUCUAAACCUUACGCCAAGAGUAAACAGCAGCAGUCAGGCCUCAUCAGUCGAGUGACAGACACGGUAAAGAGCAUCGUUCCUUCUUGGCUGCAGAAAUAUUUCAAGAAUGGCGAUGCUCCUGAAGGAAGCGAGGCUGUACAAGGGACAGACCAAAACUGCCAGCUGCCUCCUCCUCCUAAUGGCAGUGAAGAGGGACCUCCUGCCCUUGAUGGACGUGACUCCCCAGAGCCAAGUACUAGUAACACAGAGCCCUCAACAAGCCGAGCAUCCCUGAACUUUCAGGAUUAUGUGCUCUCUCGACCUCCUCUUAGUCGGUCCCACCUCCACUUUACCACAAUGGAUGCCUCCUCCCCAACCUUGGGGACCUCCAGCAGCCUCUUUUCCCAGCCCUCCACCUCCUCAGCCCCUGGACCCUUUUCCACUGGUUUCUCCUUGGUAAAAGAGAUUAAAGAUAAUCUGUCACAGCAUGAAGAUGAUAACAUCUCCACCACAAGUGGAUUCUCCUCCCGUGCAUCUGACAAGGAUGUCCCCACUUCCAAAACGGCAUCACUUCCUCAGCUUUGGUCCCCAGAGGCAGACAGAACAAACUCUGGGCCUCAACCUUCACAGUCCAGCCUGAAAAAGCCUGCUUUCAAUCUGUCUGUCUUUGGAACGUCCUCCACUUCCACAUUAAACAGCACAGUGCUGAACUCUAGCCAGCUUGGAGAUUCACCCUUCUACCCUGGGAAGACCACGUAUGGUGGUGCAGCUGCAGUCAGGAGCUUGCGUAGUCGUCCUGGGACACCAUAUCAGGCCCCUGUGAGGAGACAGAUCAAGGCCAAGCCUGCUGGUGCUCAGCCUUGUGGGGUGACCAGUGCCACAGCUAGACGCAUCCUGCAGUCUUUGGAGCGCAUGUCAAGUCCACUGGCUGAUGCCAAGCGAAUCCCUGCAGCGGCCUCAUCCCCCCUGUCCCCACCAGUGGAUGGUGUAAAUUCAGAUCCUUUACAUCUCCAGUCUAAAAAGAAACGGAUGGACUCUAAUGUCCCACCGGUGCAGAAACUUGUGGUUCCUGCUGCAGCCUCUGUGUCAGGAAACCGUUCUGUAUCCUUCAGGCCUACUUUAACCCCUGGAGGAGUGAACCGAACUGUAGACAGGACUGCAAGAGAGACGCCCACAAGACAAUCACCACAGCUUCCUGAAGCAAUCCCAGGUCCAUCUCAAAGCACAAUGAGUUGUAGUGGCCCAGCUUACCCUCUGUCCAGCACACCUGCGGUCAGCAGUGUGAGCUCUGGAGGAGGCAAGAUGAAGAAGGAGAGGAGCAGUCUUCGGCCCUCUAAACGUCUGGAAGAUGAGGUUGCUGAAUUGCCGGAGCUCCCGGCCAUUUCUCUUCCCAUCAGCAAAGCUGCGUUGCCCACCUUCAGCUUCUCCUCUCCUUUGCCACCCCUCAACACUUCCACUAGUUCCUCUCCCAAGAUCACGGCUGUUACUCCUGUUAAGGAAACAGUCAUAGAUAAAGAUCCACCAAAAGCCUCAACACCACCUUCUGUACUUUACACAUUUUCCUCCCCGAUUGUCAAAACCACUGCUGCUAGUCCACCUUCUUUUUCACCUUCUGCUGGAUUUACCUUUAGUGCACCUGUAGCAAAGCUGGAUCCUUCUAUGUUAAAUGGAAAGUUGGCCACACCCAUAGCUCCAGCAGUGAAGCCAGCUGCAAGCAAAAGCACAGAAGAUUUUGAAGGACCUUUCAAACCAGCCAAGACCUUGAAGCAGGGCAGUGUUCUUGACCUUCUCAAAGCCCCUGGUUUUGCCUCUCCUGUUGCUCAGAUAUCCCCAGCCCACAAUACUACCCCCCAGCAGAUGUCCACGCAGUCCACUGCCCCCUCCUCCACCUCUACAACUUCCUCCCUUUCUUCUUCAGCAGGAUUUGGUGGUUUGUUCAAGGCCUCAGCAGACUGGACCUGUGACGUCUGCUUGGUUCCAAACAAGCAAUCAGACACAAAGUGUGUGUGCUGUACAGCCCCACAGCCCAACUCCUCAUCCAAAUCUAUGGACAGUAAACAGUCACCGUCCAUCUCUGUUGGGCUGGAGAGCAGCAACAGCAGCACUAACACCACCUCCACCACUACAACCACAACAGGUUUUGGCACAAUGUUUUCCAAACCUGCAGGUACCUGGGACUGUGAUACGUGUCUUGUAAUCAACAAACCUGAUGCAGUAAAGUGUGUUGCCUGUGAAACGGCCAAACCUGGAACGGGGCUCAAACCCUCACUGACUCUUUCUUCCGCCUUCUCACCUGUUAAGACUGUAUCUGCUCCCACAGCCCCCAUUUCUACUGAGUUCAUUGGGUUUGGUGACAAAUUUAAGAAACCUGAGGGUGCAUGGGAAUGUGAUACAUGUUUGGUGCAGAACAAAGCAGAGGACACAAAGUGUGUGGCCUGCACAAGUGCAAAACCAGGAGCUUCGACUGGAGCUUCUUCGUCAACAAGCAGUGCCCCUGUGUUUGGAUUGGCAGACAAGUUCAAGAAGCCGGAAGGAGCUUGGGAUUGUGAUGUCUGUCUUGUGCAGAAUAAGGCAUCUGAUGUGCAGUGUGUCGCCUGUCAGGCAGCCAAACCUGGAGCUAACGUGGAACCCAAGGCCUUUGGUUCUCCUUUCGGUUCCUUGGCUGGUGCGACUUCAGCGUCUUCUACUUCUAGUACUGGAGGUUUUAAGUUUGGCACAUCAGACAGUACUUCAGGAUCUGGAGCAGGGGGUUUCAAGUUUGCGGGCUCGCUUACAGAGGCAACCUCUUCUUCAUCAGGGGGAUUCAAAUUUGGAGUCCCAUUUGGAAGCUCCUCAUCAGAAACCACUUCUAAAGACACUACUGCUACAUCAGGGUUUAAAUUCAGCAGCUCGUCCAAGAGUUUUAAAUUUGGGGCUGCCUCUAGUGAUGACCAAAAGUCAGACCAGCCUGCUGCAGGUUCUGGGUUUAAGUUUGGAGUUAGUGGUGGGAUAGUGUUUGGAUCUGGAUCUUCUAGCACAGAAAGCAACUCUUCUAAGGGCGGAUUCACAAUUGGACUGUCAAAACCUGAAGAAAAAACAUCAGUCACCUCCACAACUUCCUCAUCCUCUAUUCCUUUCACUCCUCCUACCUUUCAAGAAAACAGUGACAGUAAGGCAUCAUCAAGUAACAACACAGCAUCAACAAACACCAACGCAACCACCACCACAGCACCCGCAACUGGGUCUGUAUUUGGGAGACUGGGGGAGCCAAGUUUGGCAGCCAGCACACCACAAGCGGUCUCUACUCUCGGAACCUCACAGGCAGCCAAAGAGCCCGUGGCUCCCACAUUUACCUUUGGUAAACCAGAGGAAAAGAAGGAAGUGGCUACCUCCUCUGCUCCAUCUACCUUUCUCUUUGGUGCUGCUAGUAAGGAUGCAGAUUCUACACAGGCCUUCACUGGAGGCUUUUCCUUCAGCAAGCCCAGUGCUCCAACAGAACAACCUCCACCUGCUUUCACUUUUGGAAAGCCAGCAGACAAGAAUGAAACAUCUGCUUCAGAGGCCUCAAAGCCUUCCUUCACUUUUAGACAAAGUGCUACAGAAUCUCCUGCUCCAAAACCGGCAUUUUCAUUCAUGGCAAGUAAUCCCACCAACUCCACCACCUCAUCAUCCUCCACACCAACUCCCAGUCUGUUUGGCACCGCCAGCAGUAGCAGCAGCACCUCCACACCGGCUCCAGCUCCUUCUGCGGCUCCCAGCACUUUCAUGUUUGGUCAGCCUGCUUCAGCCACCAGUGAUGCUCCUCCAGCUAAAAACUUCGUCUUUGUCCAGAGUCAGGACAGCCAGCCACCUGCCCCAUCAGCUGCUUCUCUGAACUCUACACCUGCUCCAACUCCAGCUCAGCCUUUCAUCUUCGGUGCUCCCACCAAUGCUGCUGCUCCUCCUCCUGCUGCUGCUGCUCCCACCUUCAAUUUUGCUGCUGCAGCGCCCUCUGCUGCCUCAUCGUCAGGCCCAUCUGCAGCUCCCUCCCCAUUUGCGUUCAGCUCGUCCCCUUCUGGUGGAUUCGGGAACAACCAAACGCCUUCAUUUGGAUCUCCUUUCUCAGCCACACCGCCUCAGACCCUUGCUUUUGGGACCAAACCCAAUGUCUUUGGACAGCAGACCAACUCCACCUCUUUAUUUGGAGUGGGAGCUAAUUCUGCACCAGGUGGAGGCUUUCAGUUUGGAGGAGCCAGUGCAUUUGGAUCCACAAACAACACUUCAGGUGUGUUUACUUUUGGAGCAGGAUCAGCAGCCUCUCCUGCUCCAUCUGCCAACCCUUCCAUCACUCCUCAGUCAGGUGCAUCUGGAGGUGGAUUCAGCUUUCAACAAACCCCGACUUUCAAUAUUGGGUCAACAAAAUCCUUCACUGGCCCUACAGGUGGGCAGACAGCAAUCCCAGGACGCAAGAUCAAGACAGCAGUGCGGCGCAGAAAGUAAAUGAGUGCUUCUUCGACUUGUCUGAAUCCCCAUUUAAGCCUGAAUAAAUUCCUGGAAAGUCUCAACUGGACAAACACUGAAAAUCUUGGCAUUUGGAGACGGGCCGAGGCUUGGCGCACCACUCUGUGCUUGGGUUGGAUGGGUGGGCGGGGUUUAGCUCGGGUUUAGGCUCGGCUGAUUAUUUACAGGUUUUCACAUGUAGACAGGAACUAUUAAUAUGUGAGACCAUCCCACAGGAUUUGACAUUUAAACUAAAACUGUUGACUGAACAAUGACGCUGACUUAGAGAACAACAAUCAAGCAGAGACCCCCACAGUCAAUAUUAAAAGACAAACAAGACAGUCAUAUCUAUAUUUUCAACACUGGCAAAUGUCUGCUAGACUUUAGGCAUGACUUUUUGUAAUAAAAUUACAAAGGCAAAAACUGCAGUGAGUGUACACUUAUUAAUUACUGUGGG